UGGAUUUGCGCGUCUUCUUCGACAUGGUUAUUAGACUCGUUGCAAGGUGCGCGCUCUCACGUCAUUGAAGCAAUUAAAACGGACCGUAGCCAAUCAUGUGUUUCCAGUGGAGAAGCAACUGAGAAUGUCUGAGGUAAAUCCCACAGAAAAAGUCGCUGUAACAGUCCCAGAGUCAAAGACUCCACCGCCAAGGACGGAUCCAGGGCCUGCGAUUGGUGGACUGCGCCUGCGAUCUACACCAGGGGCUUGUUUGUUGUUUGCUGGUGUUUUGCUGAUAGUAGGAAUCGGCGUCGCUGUGGUGGGGUAUUGGAACAGUCAACCCCGCCGACAACAAACACCACAUCAUGUUUCAACUGGACGCACCUCUUCAGAGAAACUGAAGCUGAUUGGUCCUGUCAUCAUGGGGGUGGGGCUUUUCAUAUUUAUUUGUGCCAAUACAGUUCUCUAUGAAAAUCGUGACCGAGAAAAACGUUACGAACAAGACCGAGAUAAAGACGACCAGGAGAUCCUGCCACUAGUACAAACUCAUAGGAAUAAUAAUUCAAAAGGAUUGUCACAAAUAGAAAUGAACACCAACAUGCGUACAUUGGACUUGUCUGAAAUCAACAUUCAUUGCUUAGAAGAAGGGGUGGGAAUUCCCACUCUAAAGUGCUCUUCCCCAUCCUCUGGCUCAUGUAGCUCCAGUCAGGUUAACUUGGAGACUGGAUCACCCCUCAGAGAUCACAGAAACAUGGAAACAUUGGCCUUGCCAGUCAUUAAACUCAAUGACUGCCUGAUUGGCCCCUCAGACCCAGAGCCUCCACCUCUCCCUGAACGGACAUACCGGAAAAAUAUAGGAGAGGAAAAUAUAACAAAUGUGGAGCUAAAACAAGUUAAUCCUGCAGAUUCAUCUCUUAUUACACUGAGCAAAGAAGAGCUAAAGGAUCGGUAGUCUUUUACAUCUGUUGUCCUCACUAAAGGUCCACAUGUAAAUAUCUAUUCAAGUCAAACUAAUAAGAUGUUAGGGCUGAGAAUAGAUAGAUUUCCAAAUUUGAUUCCGAUUCACAAAUUCUUCUAUUUUUUAUUCAAUUCUAAUUCUUUUUGGUAUAUUUCUGUUGUAAUAGGCCUAUGCAUUUUUCUUACAUUUCUUUCUGUGCUAAUUCUGUAAUUAUUACUGGGCAGUUUUUCAAACGUAUUCAACCUGGUAAUGUUUUUUGAACACGCUGCAGGUUUUUGAUUUACUAAAACCGGCUCUCAAGAGUCAUUUGUUCAUAUAUCGUCACCUCUGUCUGUUUAUAGAGGCAGUCGUUUCAUGCCAUCAUGUCGCAGUAGCCUACACAGUCUUUCUAUUACAUCAGUAUACAGAAUUUACAUUCGCAACUCAGGUAAAAUAUAUAUAUAUA